GGUCUCGGCGGCGGCGACAGCGGGAGGUGGGGGCAUGUGCGCGCGCCGCGCUCGCGGAGCGGUUGCCGCCAUCAUGCCGCAUCGGGUGUUCGUGGUGGGCGUCGGCAUGACCAAGUAUGAAGGUUCUCUGCCUAAAUUAAGGAAAGGAGACACUACAGAAAGUACAGCUAAGUGUUGCGAAAGACUGGAGUUGGGGAGUUCACAAAGCCCCAUGAGAAUAGCAGAGAUUAUCCUGACAUGGCUAAGGAGGCAGGCCAAAUGGCUUUAGCUGAUGCUGGGAUUCCAUAUUCGAUGGUGGAGCAGGCAUGUGUGGGUUAUGUUUAUGGUGACUCAGCCUGUGGACAAAGGGCUGUCUAUCAUGGUUUGGGUUUAACUGGCAUUCCUAUCGUUAAUGUUAACAACAACUGUGCUACUGGAUCAACUGCUUUGUUCAUGGCCAAGCAGCUAAUAGAAGGAGGUUUGGCAGAUUGUGUUCUGGCACUUGGCUUUGAGAGGAUGGCAAAAGGUUCCCUUGGUUCAGCUUUUUCAGACAGAACUAAUCCAGUUGAUAAACAUAUAGAAGUUAUGAUAAAUAAAUACGGUUUAGCAAGUGCUCCAAUAGCACCUCAGUUCUUUGGAAAUGCUGGCAGAGAAUAUAUGGAGAAACAUGGGACAAAUCCAGAAUACUUUGCAAAAAUUGCAUGGAAGAAUCAUAACCAUUCAACUAAGAACCCGUAUUCCCAGUUCCAAAAGAAGUACACAUUAGAUGAAGUUCUGCAUUCUCGCAGAGUUUUUGAGUUCUUGACUAUCUUACAGUGUUGUCCGACAUCAAAUGGUGCUGCAGCUGCAGUUUUGGCUAGUGAGGAAUUUGUGAAAAGGCAUAAAUUGCAGCCAAAAGCUGUGGAAAUUCUAGCCCAGGUGAUGGCUACUGAUUAUCCAAGCUCAUUUGAAGGAAACAGUUGUAUGAAGGCGGUUGGCUAUGAUAUGACUAAAAGAGCUGCAGAAAAAUGUUUUGAAAAAGCAGGCCUAAAACCUACAGAUGUUGAUGUGAUUGAACUUCAUGACUGUUUCUCAGUUAAUGAGUUAAUUACCUACGAAGCUCUGGGACUCUGUCCAGAAGGCAAAGCAUGUGACCUGAUUGACAGAGGAGACAAUACUUACGGAGGAAAAUGGGUUGUUAAUCCUAGUGGUGGCUUGAUUUCAAAGGGACAUCCACUUGGUGCUACAGGCCUGGCUCAGUGCGCCGAGCUCUGCUGGCAGCUGCGCGGCCUGGCGGGCGGGCGGCAGGUCCCGGGGGCAAAGGUCGCGCUGCAGCAUAACCUGGGCCUCGGCGGGGCCGUGGUGGUGACCCUCUACGCCAUGGGCUUCCCCGGAGCUGCCAGCACUGGCCGUAUUGCAGCUGUGCCUCUCAGCGCAGCUGUUGAUGGAUUUAAGUCACAUUUGGUCUUCAAAGAGAUUGAAAAGAAGCUCCAAGAGGAAGGAGAGCAAUUUGUCAAGAAAAUUGGUGGAGUCUUUGCCUUCAAAAUAAAAGAUGGUCCUGAUGGGAAAGAAGCAACUUGGAUAGUAGAUGUGAAAAAUGGUAAAGGGUCUGUGGCAGUUAAUUCAGAUAAGAAGGCAGAUUGUACGAUUACAAUGGCUGACACUGAUCUGUUAGCUCUCAUGACUGGCAAAAUGAAUCCUCAGACAGCAUUCUUUCAAGGCAAAUUGAAAAUAUCUGGGAACAUGGGCAUGGCAAUGAAACUUCAGAAUCUACAGCUUCAGCCAGGCAAAGCUAAACUUUGAGCUCAUUAGAGUAAACAGUACUUUAUAUUCUUGACAAAAAAGUAGAAUGAAACUAAACAUUAUCAAUAAUAUGGUGCAGACUGGGUUUGAUUUGACCUAUCUCACGUAAAUUAAUUCUCUUAAUAAAUUCCAUCAGUUUCUCUAUAGCUAAGAUUUUUAGGUUAAGCUUGAGGCACUAACUCUUACAAAUGGUAUAUGGUGGGUAUUUGUGACAAUUUUUGUUUUAAUCAGUAUGAAAAUUUUUAUAAAAUGUAGAGUUGAAUGAGGCUGCUUACUGUUGUUCAAGUUAGUUGGGAAGAGAGUGAGGAAGGUUACAUUGUUUGACGUAUCAGGUAAAUGAGUUGCAUUUUUUUAAAGCUGUAAUAGCAGGUCAUACACAUGCUUUCAGAUUUCCAUUCUAACAAAUUUACUACUGCUUCAAUUAAAAUGGUCUUAUAAAGGGGAUGUUUAACAACAUUUUUUUAGAAUAGGCUUUUUGGGAAUUUGCUAUAAGAUACUUUUCUUAUUACUACUUUGGAAUUAAAAAAUAAAAUACCCAGAAGUAAGAAAGAACUAAAAUGUUGCUGUGAGAUUCACAGGAUUUGCUAAUGCUUCACCUUGAAAAAAGAUUAGGUUUGUUGGGAGAGCAGAGAAGGAAUAUAACCACCAUUUUACCUGAUUUCUCCUGAGAAAAUCUGGUGUUGAUCUCUGAAAUUCUUAAUAGUAAUGUAAAAAAGUUUUCAAUUCUGUUUUGGGAAAAUGUGUUCUGGUUGGGAGUUUAAUAGAAAAUUAAAUAUACUUUUCCUGUUCUCCUGUGUGUUUCUUCCUCAGAUAUGUAAAUAUGGAUUUCAUGUUAAUGCACUGAAUUGACUAUUUUAUACAGGCUGUCAUGAAGGGUGCUUGCAAUCAUCCAUUUUUUCCUCUCAGGCAUUGUCAGUAGAUACUCCAUAAACUACCUAUCAGUCCAGUAUAUACGUGUCACAUCCUCACAUAUGUGGGCUGUGACUGAGGAAUUUAUGCAUAAACUUUCACUUCCCUGGUUUAACUAAAGUCAUAAUGAAAAUGAGCUAAUUCAAGCCAGUCAUUCUGCUUUUCUAGUGUGAAUGGUUAAGAUUGCUGAGCAGUAAGAAUGCGGCUGUACUGACUCAGACCAAAAAUCAAUCUAGCCCACUCUGUUUUCUGAUCGUUGAUACCUUGGAAGGAAUAUUAAGAUGGCCCAAACAUCUAUUUAGCCAGAAUACUUCCCUAGCUGCCAGUGAUUUUGAUUUUUUUUUUUUUUUUUUUUUCCACAUCACAAAUUUGAGCCGGAAGUGGUAUGCCUGUAUCUGAAGUUCUUGGUGGAUAGUCUUUCGUGACUUUGUCCAGUCCCUUUUUGAAUCCUUGACAGCUUUUUUUAGCCUGGGUCAAGAAUUUCAGUAGCUUACCUAGACAACAUGUGGAAUUAAAUUUAUUCCUUUUUAUUUUAUACAUUGCAGUUUUAUAUCUCUUACUUGCUUUUUUUGUUGGUUGGGGGGGUGGUUGUUGUUUUCUGUUGUUUGUUUGUUUCUUCCAGUAAGAAAUGGUGAACAGCUUCAAAGAACUCCUGGUGUUUAUAAUCUUGCCCUAAUACCUUCAGGCUUCGCAGCUUAAAGAAGAGGACAUUCUAUUUAAUUGUGUCACAUGGGGAGACCCUUGUAAUGUCUCAGCCAUCCACGUAUCCUCCUUGUAUGCUGCAUUCUGAUUGUCCUGUUAAAAGCUUUCAAGAUACAAGAGCAUUUUCUGCUUUUAUUUUUCUUUCCCCAGGCGUUCUUCUGACUACUAGUUUUGAGCUGAUGUUCUCUUGAGCCCUCUGAUUUAAGAGAUCCAUUUCUUUCAUAUUAAUUCUUUUAUGCUUAUUUCUGUACUGUGAAGCUGAAACUUUUUAAAAUUAUUGUUCCAUAUGCAUCACUUUAUAUUGAAAUGUCAACUGUUUUACUGUCCAGGCAUUCAGUGUUCAGACCUGCCUUGCAGCUUUUGUGCUCAGCCCUGGGUUUUAAUAUCUGGAUGAAUCAACUUUUAUCACCCCACUGUUCAUCAUCUUUUCCAAGGCAUUAGUUUGGUGUUAAGUACAACAGAUACGGAUUUGCCCUACUGUAAACUUCUUAAAAUACAAUCUGGUCAUAUGAA